AUGGAUUAUGCCUAUCGAAACCUGCUACCGCGUUUUCAAGUGUUAUUAAGACGGAGAAAUCUCGAAGAUCUGGAUGAUUUAGAGGAUACCGCCCGACAAUUGGAGACGAGUUUUGCGGCAAGUAAUAGAUACCACGCACCACCGACUCCCGAAAACUCACUGCUACCGGAACUAGCAUAUCGCGAAACACGCGCUCUGAACGACGAGCAAACCGUCAAAUUACGGAAUUUACUAAAAACAGAGAUAGCCCCAGCGUCCGAUGAAAUAGGUGCGACUGAUUUGGCCACCCACCACAUAGACGUAGGUGACCAUCCCGCGAUUAGACAACAAGCGUAUCGAGUAUCGCCGAAGAUACAAGAAGCUAUCGAUGAGGAGGUUGAUAAAAUGCUCGCUAACGGAAUUAUCGAACCCUCACACAACGAAUGGGCAAGUCCGAUUGUAAUGGUUAAAAACCAAAUGGCUCCUACCGUUUUUGUAUUGAUUUCCGGCAAGUAA